AUGGCGUCGGUUCAAGCCAAUCCAGAAAUGCCGGGGCAGGGUUCCCUCGCUGCGAACAUUACGCGCGAGCAGAUUCAGCAGGUCUUCCAGAGCUACACCCGGAUGAAGCAGCAAGGCGUGCCCGAGACCAAUCCUGAAUUCAUCAAGGCGCGCAAUCUUCUCACCAUGGUGCAGAAGCAAAAUCAGUUCCAGCAACAGCAGAAGAUGCUACGGCAACAGCAAAUGCAGCGCCAACAAGGCCAGAUGAACCCCCAAGGCGCACAACAGAACGGCGCCGGCAUGGCUAUGUCUAACGGCAACAAGCCAGCUGCUCCCACUGAGGGCAAAGUCGCGACGCCUGCGCCUGCCUCGAGCGGCCCUUCAACCACCAUCCAGACUGCGACUGCUGGCGGCCAAGCUCCUCAUGGCGACGGACAGACCCCCACAUCGGCGACGGCUGGUUCAAUGCCGCUGAAUAAAGAUCAACUCCUUAUGCUGCGCGCCCAGAUUGGAGCUUUCAAGCAUCUAUCCAAGGGUCUUCCGUUACCCUCUAACAUGCAGCAGCAGAUCUUUGGUCACCACCAAGCCAAGAAGCCCCAGAACGCUGCCGAGGCGGUAGCUGCCGCCUCUCAGAUGCUCGACAAUGCCACCCGUGCAGGCAGCGCCUCGAGCGCAAAUGGCGGCGCAGUACAGGAAACCCGGACUCUACCUCGUCUUCCCGAUACCUUUAUCGAUCCUUGGAGCAGCGAAGCCUUCCGCGAUGUGAACUAUAUCUCCCACACCCAGCGCAAGAACCGACCAUACCUCGCAACCAUCAUGCCUCAGGGCGUUGAUAUGGAUGCGGUCCAGCAGAGCAUGGAAGACAUACGUAAGGAGCGCGAAAUCCUCCUCUACAACCGUCUCACUGCGAGGAGGGCCGAACUGGAGAAGGUCCACGCAAACAUCGGUUCUUGGGAUACCAGCAAGACCGAUACACCCGAAGAUGACGGAAAGGUCAAACUGGCCCUAGUCAUUGAGCAGAAGAAGCUUAACCUGCUGGAGAAGCAACGGAAACUGCGGAGAGAGAUCGCCCAGCAGAUGAUCCACGCUGACAACCUUGCCAUGACAGCGAACCGAACAGUAUACCGACGCCUCAAGAAGCAAUCGAUGCGCGAAGCCCGUCUUACCGAGAAGCUGGAGAAGCAACAACGCGACGCACGCGAGACCAAGGAGAAGAAGAAGCACCACGAGUUCAUCGAUGCUAUCCGCAAGCACCGCAACGAGUUGCAGGAAUCUGGCGCGGCUCAGCGUAUGCGUCUGCAGAAGCUUGGUCGUACCAUGAUCACCACCCACCAGAACAUCGAGAAGGAAGAGCAGAAGCGCAUCGAGCGCACCGCGAAGCAACGUCUGCAGGCUCUCAAGUCCAACGACGAAGAGACCUACCUUAAGCUUUUGGGCCAAGCCAAGGAUACCCGUAUUUCGCACCUGCUCAAGCAGACCGAUGGUUUCUUGAAGCAACUCGCCGAUUCCGUCAAGGCACAACAGCGAUCCGCAAACAACUCAUACGAGCCAGAGGAGCCCGAAGAGGAGAGCGAAGCCGAGUCUGGUGAUGAAGAUCGUCCGGGCAAGAAGAAGACUGACUACUAUGAGAUUGCUCAUCGUGUCAAGGAAGAGGUCACAGAGCAGGCAUCCAACUUGGUUGGAGGUACCCUGAAGGAAUACCAACUCAAGGGUCUGCAGUGGAUGAUAUCCCUGUACAACAACAACCUGAACGGUAUUCUUGCAGACGAGAUGGGUCUUGGAAAGACUAUUCAGACCAUCAGUUUGAUCACCUACCUUAUCGAGAAGAAGCGACAACCAGGACCUUACCUAGUCAUUGUACCGCUGAGUACUCUGACCAACUGGACCAACGAGUUCGAGAAGUGGGCACCAAGCGUCACCAAGAUUGUCUACAAGGGUCCUCCCAACUCGCGUAAGCAAUACCAGCAACAGAUUCGAUGGGGCCAAUUCCAGGUUCUUCUCACCACAUACGAGUUCAUCAUCAAGGACAGACCAGUCCUCAGCAAGAUCAAGUGGGUACACAUGAUUGUCGACGAGGGUCACCGUAUGAAGAACGCCGGUUCGAAGCUCAGCAUGACCAUCACACAGUACUACACAACCCGUUAUCGUCUCAUUCUUACCGGUACCCCACUGCAAAACAACCUCACGGAACUGUGGGCUAUGCUGAACUUCGUUCUCCCUACGAUCUUCAAGUCAGCCACUUCCUUCGACGAGUGGUUCAACACUCCCUUCGCCAAUACUGGAGGUCAAGACAAAAUGGAGCUUACAGAAGAAGAGCAGUUGCUCGUCAUUCGUCGUCUUCAUAAGGUGCUUAGGCCUUUCUUGCUCCGUCGUCUCAAGCGCGAUGUCGAGAAGGAUCUUCCCGACAAGACCGAGCGCGUGAUCAAGUGCAACUUCUCAACUCUUCAGGCGAAGCUGUACAAGCAACUUGUUACACACAAUCGACUCAUGGUCAGCGACGGCAAGGGCGGAAAGACUGGUAUGCGCGGUCUGAGCAACAUGUUGAUGCAGUUGCGUAAGCUGUGUAACCAUCCGUUCGUGUUCGAAGAGGUUGAGGAUGUCAUGAAUCCAACCAAGGGCACCAACGAUCUUCUAUGGCGCGCGGCCGGCAAAUUCGAAUUGCUUGACCGUAUUCUACCCAAGUUCCAGGCUACAGGCCAUCGUGUCCUCAUGUUCUUCCAGAUGACACAAAUCAUGAACAUCAUGGAGGACUACUUACGGUUGCGAGGCAUGAUGUACCUGCGUCUGGACGGAGCGACCAAAGCAGAUGACCGAUCCGAUCUGCUGAGGUUGUUCAAUGCUCCCGACUCACCAUACUUCUGCUUCCUGCUUUCAACGCGUGCCGGUGGUCUUGGACUGAACCUGCAAACCGCCGAUACAGUCAUCAUUUACGACUCGGAUUGGAAUCCUCAUCAGGAUUUACAAGCCCAGGAUCGUGCUCAUCGUAUUGGUCAGAAGAACGAGGUCCGCAUUCUGCGUCUUAUCACUUCCAACUCGGUUGAAGAGAAGAUUCUCGAGCGAGCCAACUACAAGUUGGACAUGGACGGCAAGGUCAUCCAAGCUGGUAAAUUCGACAACAAGUCCAAGGAUGACGAGCGAGACGCCAUGUUGCGUAUCAUGUUGGAGUCUGCUGAAGCGGCUGAGAGCCUUGAACAAGAGGAGAUGGACGAUGACGACCUGAACCAAAUCAUGAUGCGUCACGACCAUGAGCUGAUAACAUUCCAGGAGAUGGAUAGGAAGCGUGCGGCUGAAGAUCCAUAUGGUCCAGGUAAGCCGCUCGGUCGCUUGAUCGGUGAGAGCGAGUUACCCGACAUCUACCUUAACGAGGAGGCGCCCAUUGUCGACGAGAAGGAUGACACACCAGCUGGUCGUGGCGCUCGAGAGCGUACUCGCGUCAAGUACGAUGACGGUCUUACCGAGGAGCAGUGGUUGGAGGCUGUCGACAACGACGAAGACACUAUCGAAGCUGCUAUCGCCCGCAAAGAAGCCAAGGUCGCCAAGCGGGGUAGGAAGAGUGGCGGAGCGCGUGACGAGGAUUCGCCUGUGCCUUCACGUGCUAGUUCAGAAGAACCCAUGCCGAAGAAGCGAGGUCGUAAACCCAAGGCUGAAAAGCGCAAAGCUGACGAAGCCUCUCUCGACGUUGACCUCGCACCUCGGAAGCGCGGUCGACCUGCUCCAGCCAAGGACAUGUUGCUUCCUGACCAGCGAGCGUCGCUUCAGAAGGUUGUCAAUGUUGUUUACGAAGCUCUCAACGAUCUGGAAGAGGAGUCGCAAGACCCGAACAUUCCCAACCGCGGUAUCAUCGACCCAUUCAUCGAACUGCCGGACAAGUGGGACUACCCAGACUACUACCAGCUGAUCAAGAACCCCAUCUGCAUGAAGCAGAUCGAGAAGAAGAUCAACAAGAAGGAGUACCAGUCUGUGAAGCAGUUCCGCCAAGAUCUUGGAUUGUUGUGUAACAACUGUCGCACAUACAAUGAGGACACAUCGCUGCUCUUCCAAGACGCCAACCUCAUCGAACAGACCGCACUUGACAAGCUCCGUGAAGCAACCGCGGAGUUCCCAGAAUGGCAAGAUUACGACGACGGUGGCAGCGUGCACGGUGGUCUUAGCACAAUGACAAGUGCAGUUGGGACACCACGAGCUGGCGUUUGA